AUGGCCGCCUCCGCCGCGCGCUCGCCGCCGGCGAUUGACCGGCACGCGGUGCGGCUGGUCUCGCGCGUCUCCGUAGCACUGGCCGCCAUCGCCACGCUCUCACUCUUACACCUCUUGCGCCACGCAUCCAUGUACUGCUUCUCCGCGUCCGACCCCGUUGCGCUCACCAUCUCGCUCGGCCCCUUCCCCCGCACCUCUUGCGACGCCGCCUCGCGCCGGGUGGUCCCGCCCGACCGCCGCCUCGCUAAGCUCCGCGCCUCCCCUCGCUGGAGACGCCGUGCCGCUUCCCUGGCCACGUCCGCCUUCGCACCGCUCCGCGGCCUCGGCCUCCUCGCGGCCCCUUCCCGCGUCCUCUGCCUCGCCGCGGGCGCCGGACACGCCGUCGACGCGCUCCGUGCGUCGGGGACCAGGGACGCCACGGGGAUCGACCUCGUCGACUUCUCGCCGCUCGUCCACCGCGCGGAUCCCCACCGCCUCCCCUUCUCCGACGGCGCCUUCGACCUUGUGUUUUCGGAUGAUCCCUCGGCGAUAUCCGGCGCGCUCUUCCCGUCCCGCCUCGCGCGCGAGGCUGAGCGCGCCGUCCGACGCGGUGGCGGCAUUGCGCUCGCGUUCGACCGGGAGAUCGAGACCGCCGCCGUCGCCACACUAUUCAAGAGAUCGCGCGUUGUGGAUGUGAAGGAUGUCACCUUGGAUGGCUCCCAGUACUGCAGUUCAUCCAUGGUGUUUCUUGGCCACAUAUUAUGCUGCUGCAAACUCCUUUCUCCAGAAGACCAGAAUCAGAGAGUACUUUUUAUCGACACAAUUGUGCCAAGUGCUACUUACUUUGCAAAGCACAAAGCGCAACCGAAUGUCCUCUCUGGCCCUGAGUCAUUGCUUGACUGCCUGAGAGCCCUCCAUGACACUUCAGAAUUGUUAUACCCACCAGGAGGGUUCUCAGAUCUUCUGGAGCCAAACCCAUUUGCUAACCAUCCUAGUGGAAAUGAAAAUUUUCACUAUGUUGGUGCACAGCAAAAUGAUGAUAUAGUGGUUGAACUCGGUGUAGAAGAAGAUGAAACAAUUAACGUCGAUGAGGAUUCUAGAACCGACAAGCGUUUGAAUUGGUCGGUCCCUGAAGACAAACGACUGGCCAAUGCUUGGUUGCGUAAUUCAAAGGACCCAAUAGAUAGAAAUGACAAGAGGGGGGAUGCUUAUUGGGCAGAUGUUACUAAAGAAUACAACAAGGACACAGAAAAUAGCCGUAAGAGGAACCGAAACCAACUAAAAAUACGUUGGGAUCGUUCUAAGAAACCAUUAACUGAUUUUCAUGGAUGUUGGGUAAAUACCAAUAGAGUGUGGCAAAGUGGGAUGAGUGAUGACCAGGUUACUGACAAAGCAUUAGAGAUGUGGGCCGGCAAAAAUAAUGGUAAGGCCUUCCAUCUGCUGCAUAUGUGGAAGGUAGUACGUGGUGAGCAAAAGUGGUCAGCAUAUCUUGCUAGGUUAAAGAAGGAAAAGGAAAAGGGUGCAAAGGCUAAUCCAGCUCCAUUGGUGAAUUUGGAAUUAGAUGGAGAAAAGCGACCUAUGGGACAUAAGAAAGCAAAAAAAGAACUCAAUGGCAAAAAGAAGUCACCUGAUGCUUUGGCUGAUUUUAGUGGAAAAUUUGAGAAGUUCAUUGAAGCAAGUAGCAAGAAUAGAGAGGACAGAGAGAAGAUGACUGAAAUUCAGCAAAGCUUGACUGAUAAGAAGAUUGAAGCAGCUAGGCUUAAUCAUGAAGCAGCUCAUGAACAAACUAAGUGCAAAAUGUUAGAAACUUACACACAGUUGCUGUUUGCGCCUACUGUUCAGCUUAGUGCAGAUGCUUUGGUUGAGAGAAACUUGGCACUGGAGAGCCUAAGACUUGCUUUAUUUCCGAAGCAACUGCGUGCAAACAAAUGUGACCCUGGAAGUAGUUCCUUUAAGGUUGAUGAUUAG